AUGACUCCCCUGCGCAGUUCUACGGCCACCUCGCUGCCGCUGCCGAGGUGUUCGUCCUGGGGGGGGGGGGGGGGGGCGGCGGACGAGUGGUUCAAGUGCAGGUGCGCGCUUGUUCUCUCCGCAGCGGUGGCGGCGCUGCUCGCAUUCACGCAGCAGAACGUGACAGGGCCUCCAAGAAAAUAUUCACCCUUUCCUUUCUUUAGUACUUCAUCAUUGGAUGACGGGUUGUAUAGUGAUGCUGGAGGCAAGCAGGAUCAAUGGGCUUCCUUUGAUUCACAUGUUCAUGGGAAAUUCGUUCCUUUUUGGACUUCAUCAUUGGAUGAAAGGUGGUAUAGUGAUCCUGGAGGCAAAUGGGAGGCAUGGGCUUCUCAUCAUUUAGCUUCUUUUGGUUCCCAUGUUCAUGGGAAAUUCUUGCUCUUGCAGUUCAUUGUCUUUGCGGAACUUCUGUUGACAAGCAUAAAGAGCCUAGACUCUGACCUUUGCAGUGUAUCAUGGUGGCUGUGCAGAUUAUCCAUGUCCCAGCAGAAUAUUUUAGAUGAGCUAUCAUCCUCUUUGUUUGAUCAAGUACAGGUGUACAAAAAUAAAAUGUUGGCCCACUUUGGUGAACUUGAAAGGGUUUCUAGCUACUGGGGUUCUUUCUUAUGUGAUGGAGAAGGCUCUUCUUUAGUCUCAGCUGCUCUUUUAGAAGCUGGACUUGCAGAGUAUAAGUAUGGUCGAGUUGAUGCUUCAAGAAUCGGAGCAUAUGUGAUCUUGCUAUUUACUUUCAGCAGAGUACACAACCGAAGGAUUUUUUCCCCCUGCUACGCAGUCCGAAGUCUCCUGCUGACAAUCACAUGCAUUGUUGCAUUCAAAAGAAGGAGGCAAUGAGCUCUAAUUAUUAUGGUUAGUUUAAUGUUUUAUAUUUCCAAUCAAACUGAGCAUAUAUAAUUACUCUAGGGAUUUUCUGCCCUGUCAUUGUUUCAUACGCUUGGACAUCACAAGUAGGAUAAUUCUAUAUACUAAUUUAACUGCUAGCCUUAUGGAGUUUAAUUAGUUCGAUGCAAUAAUUUUUAGGGCUUCUUAAUUCCUUUCACUCACUGUACAUGCUUGAUGAUUUGCCUCUUCUGUGGAAAUAAGUUCAGUGCGCAUCAAAGCAAGGUCAGGCAUGAAACCCAUGUUUCCUCAAUAAUAAUGUUAGUAUGUAAUUCACAGUUCUAGAAUAUAAUUGUUGAGGAAGAAACAUAGUAUAUUCCAUGGGCCUUUGUUUUGAUUACAUGAUUUUUACUACAGUUUGAUGAGAGCAAAAUUCUACUUCAUAUCAUACAUAUCUGCCAUAUCUAGCUCGGUAUGCUCCACCCUUUCGGUUAUUGAAUAUCUAUUUCCACUUUCCAGUUAUUACAAUGCUCCUAAUUCUUUUGGUUGAUUUCGUUUGCAUCGAUUCAAAGUACUAUUGUGAAUGAUUCUUUUAGAAUAUGAGUUACAUGUUUAUCAAUUGGUGGCUUCAAGUAUGGCUUUCAAAGAAAUCCAUAUAUUAACACAAGCGAUGUAAAAUUGUAUAUUUGCAUUUGAUUUACAUAAUGAUAUGCAGACUUUUCCUUUGGGAAAA